CCUGCCAGCGAGCAAGAACGAGAUUGACGUGCCUCACAGCCAAUCCCGCAGUGGCAUCGUUCAUUGACUAGAAGCGUUGUCUGCUGAGCGCAUGCGCCAUAAAGACUCUUACUGUCCGGAGUGCGGUCGGAGCGGAAAGUGAUACAGUGAGGCCAGUGGUGUAUGCGAGUGAGUACCAUUCUGUGCUUUCUCCUUGCGGAUACUGGAAGCGUUUUCUUUUGGAUCUCCGGGCUCUGGCGUGCAAGCGGGACCCUUUGCUGGGGAUGUUCGACCUCUGGGACACACUUGUUGGAUAAGGAGGAGGGUGACUGUGUCUUAACCGUGCAGCUCACACAAGAAAGUGAACUAGUAGAUGAUGUAGUUUUCUUCCUUCUGUUUGUUGGCUCCACAAGCAAGCAUUUAACCAGCACUCGGAAAGUUAAUUCAGCAACGCUAGAAACCAUCACUCCAGGCCACGACUGUUGUGAGCGAGUAAAGGUUUCCCUGUGUGCUUCCAAGAAAGACUGUUCGGUUGUGGUGGCAGAAGAGGACUUUGAGUUUAUUCAGGAUGAGGCAUAUGACUCCGCUCAGUUUUUAGCUGCUAAUGCAGGCAACCAGCAGGCACUUAUAUUUGCCAGGUUCUUAGAAAGAUCAAGACCAUCUACAGGGGAUGCUACAGUGCUGGAUGAGAGGAUCACAUUGGCUUUUCAACAUCUAAGCUUGCCAAGUGGAUGGAGUGUGCUCGGAACAGACACCUGCAUAAAAGAUGGCCACCUGCAGGAGACAUUGAUGCACUUUGCUGCAAGACUGGGUCUCUGUCAGCUCUCACAGUUCCUUCUGAAGCAGCCUGGUGGUAAAACAGCUCUUGCCAUAUAUAAUAGUGAAGGGGCUACACCUUUAAGCCUGGCAUUGGAAAGAGGCUUCCUGAAAUUACAUCACCUCUUUACAGAGGAACAAACUGAUGAUCCAGACAGUGUAGAACCUCAUGUUGACUUUUCUGAAGACACCUGCGUGAAGCACCACUGUAGGUUAAAUGUUUUCACCCUAACUAAGAGUUCUCAAGUGGAACCUCACAUCAGCAUGGAACAUCAUAUUGAAGAGUUGAAGGAAUAUAUGCAGAACCAUUCCCAGAGUAAGGGAACCGAAGAAAUAGCAGAGUGCCAAGCACUGACGGAAGAGUCUGACAGUUCAUGUUGCCCACAUCACAACACAGCGAGUAGUGCUGCUGAGAAGGAUCUCCCCUCUGGAGCAACUCAUCAAGGAGACCUAGAAAAUACUGGGGGGGCAGCGAUGCUUUCACUAAAUGUUUUAAGUGAAAUAAUGGAAGAAAGCUGUGCCAAAUCUGACAAUGGGGUGGACCCUGUGGGUGGGGAAGUUGCAGUUUUUUCCUCUGAAAGUAAAAAAGAUACAGAAGAGGAAGAGGUGGUGCCUGAGUCUAUUGUAGAGGCAGAGAAUCUGUCAGUUACAGGCGACCAUGUAAAAGGCUCUUGCACUGAAGUACAUGCUGCCGAAUUACCUCUUUCCUGUGGAAAUUCAAAUGAGGAAACUGGAAUAACAUCAACUGAAUUAGGCUCGGAGCAAGAAAGUGUGCUUGAAGGAGAUAAUACCGAACAGGAAAUGAUAACCGUUAAAGAGGGCACAGUAGCAAACUCUGAAAUUACGGAAGCUACACACGAAUUCAGCAAUAUCACUAACCACAACAUCGUGGAGAUGGGGCAAACUGUGUCAGGCUACUGUACAAGCAAUGCAAACACUAUGGAAAUGCACAGUGGCUCAGAGAGCAGUGAACUGGAAACUGGGCCAAGGGAUCCUCUGGUCAACCUGCCUGCUGACUCCAUUAGUGUUGGGCACAUCUGUGGGACUAAUAUCUGCUCCUGUUCUGUGGCUCCAGCAGAGUUGGUACCAAAGCAGAAUGCAGCAAUUAACAGUGAGUUGGACUGCAAGGGAACAUCUGAGGACACUGGAAUAAAUGAAAUCAGUGAAUGUUGUGAUGCUGAUAAAAGUACUGAAAAUGAAAUUCCUGCUGAAACAAAGGAUAGUCCUUGCAAUUUGGUUCAGCCUUCAACAGAAAUUGCUUUUUGUGAUCCAACUGCUUCUGAACCUUUGACUUGGCAGUCAGAAUCUGAACAAUGCAAAAAAUCUUCAGUAGUCAGAACUGAGGAUGAAAAGCAGGAAAGUUCAGAGACAGAACCACUAGGGGACAGACUAACACAGCUCGCAAACUGUGAUAUGGACAGCCACUCUCAGGGCAUAGAGAAAGCUAUAAAUGAUAUGUCUCCUUCUGACAAAGAAAAGGAAGGAAGUUUAAAUUCUGACAUCCCAUGUAGCAAUUGCCCAGAAGAAGCCCUGUCCCCUGAACUAUCCAGUUGCCAAAUAGAAGAAAAGAGUGCAGAAGGCGACCCUUCUAUAGCUGCCUGCCCCAACACCAAUUCUCAGAGCAUGUCACCUCUUGGUUUGCCUGUUUCUGAGCAGCAGCUACCAACACUCAUACAGCUUCAUGCAGAACUCAUUGUAGCUGAAAUUUUGCAGGAGAUUAUAGAAAAGCUAGACACCACAUCACUUCUUACACAGACUGCACAACAACAAACUGACUGUCUGCAAGAAGAGACUAAGCUUCCACCUGCUGGCCACUCUGCAUCAGUGCAGGAGGAGGAAGAUCAGUCUGUGUGUACUGGAGAGUGUAAUAAAGUCUUUGACACUCCCUCUCUGCUUAGUAAUUAUGAUUCUCUGCAAAAGCAGGAAGUAUUAGCAGCAGAAGAUACUCUGAAUAGUAAUGCAAACACUGAAAUGCAGAAAACCACUCCAGCGUGCAAGCAAAGCAGAGAGCAGUUGCAGGUCAACACCGGUGUAGAAGAUCAGGCAGAGCCUGAACCAAACGUGAUGCUCUGCGAAACAUUUAAAGAUGGGGGUCAAGAUGAAACAUUACCUAUUUCAGAUGUUUUCCAGUGUGACACUGAUUGGGGAAAUGAACUGCCAUUGCAGUGCUGUGAUUGCACUGAAAGUCUUGCUGCAGAGAUUGAGGAAAAUACAACUCUGUGUAACACAGUAGACCUGAAGGAGUCCACAGAUAAGGAAUGUGUCUCAGAGUCAACAGAAGAAACUGGAGUAAAAAUGACUUUUGUAAACCCAUCUGAUAAUGUAUUGGAAUCUGAGACAUGUCUUGCUACUUCUGAAAAAGAGGAGCCUAGGGGAGUUGAUAGCAAGGAGUCAUUGCCCGCUUAUGAUAAAGAUGGGGAGGAUUCUGAGCUGGUGACCAUCACUAGGGUAUGUCUUCACCCUAUCGCUGAGGAAUCAUUGCUCAAUGGUGACUCUGCUUCAGAUACAGCAUCUACAAGUAGUGAAAGUGAGGAAUCCUUGCACUCAGAUGAUUUGGAAAAACUUCUAACUUCAGAUGCAAAAGAAGUAGAAACAGCCCAGCAAAUUCUGAAUUCUAACUAUCAUACAGACAUUCCUUUAUCUGAGGAAGUGCACAUCAAUGUCUAUUCAUUGGAAGGUCCCAAUGGAGCAGUGGAUGUGGAGUGUGAGGCUUGCAUCGUAUCUGGGUUAUUGGAGACAGAAUCUGUAAAUGGUUUAAGCACUGAUGCACCCCAAGAUAAGGAGAAUUCUGUCCAGGACUCUGAAGUCACUGAUUCUCUUAAAGAGGAUGAUUCUGGAUUUGACUUGUCUAUCACCAUGGAGGAGACUACUUACCCCAGCAUAUCCGACACAGAGAUUCUCCCAGAAGGUGUUGAUGGGCAAGCAGAGGAUGAGGUAGACUUUAUAAAACCCUUACAGACCAGCUCCGAGGCACAAAUGAUUAACAGAGAAGUCUGCUGUUCCAUAGAGCCCUGCUCACAUUCAGACCUCCUGGAAUCCAAGCAACCUAAAGUGUGCAACAGCAGCAGCGGGUUUCUGGAGGAUGGACUCUGCAUCGAAGACCCUUCUCAAGAAAAGAAUAAGAGGGAUUCUGCUAGUGAAUCUGACAUGUUCCAAGUGUCAUCAGAAGCUCUGGAUGAGAUGGUUUUUCCGAAGAACGAAGAGAGUCCGUGCCUUUGUGAUGCCAGCAGUUCUAGUUCUUCCACCGAUGAUACCGCAUCUCUUGAAAGAAACUCUUCCCAUGGUAGCGACAUCUCCCUUCCUCAGACCAAAAAAUUUAGAGACAGACUCAGCUUGGACAGCAGUUGCAGCAGCACGGUUACGGCAUCUGUAGAAGAAAGGGAAAUCGAAAACACUGGCAUAUCUGAGAUGGAAGGAGAAGAGAUGGACAGCAUCACUGAAGUCUCUCAGCACCCCUCGCGAUCAAAGAGCUCCAUGCGCUCCCUGUCACCUUUCAGGAGGCACAGCUGGGAGCCCGGCAAGCAUGCUGCCAAUGACUCCGAGAUCAACCGCAGAAGUUCAUUUCGAGUUCUGGGGGAUGUAAAGAAACCUUCAGUUCAUAGAAGAAGUAUGAGCUGGUGCCCUUCUGAUGCAAAGUUAUCUCCUAUGAGAGGGGACUUUAAUUACAGAAGUUAUAGUUUAGAAGGCCUUGCAGGAGAAAAUGAAGAUACCAACCCUUCAGCUGCUCAUGAUCACACGUCUUCUGAUGGAAGCAAUUUAAUUGGAAGCUCUUCAUAUGAAAGAGAGAAUAGUGGUUCGUUGGCUUCUCUUACUGAAGAUGAACCAGGCUUUCACCAGAGGCCAAAUAGAAAAUUUCUGCAAAGGCAGGAAUGUGAAAGAUCUUAUAUCCAUGGUUUUGGUCCUCCUCCUGCCUCUCAUUUAACAAAAUCUAUGUCUUUAACAGCAAUUAGCCACAACUUGACAGAAACUCAGGGCCGGAUACGACCAAAGAGGCGAAUUUCCUUCUCCUUCAACAUCUCUCCGCUUCUUCCUAAAUCUAAGCAUGUCUUUUCUAUUGGCUCAUCGUCCAGUGAUGACGAGUCAGAUAGUUCCCGGUCUGUAAACAUAACAAGUGGUUCCAUAGCUCAAAGGCAACUUACACCUCUACACAAGUUGUGCCGGCAUCCCGACAGAUAUAUAUUGUUCGUCAAGCUGGAGCACUCAUAUAAUGAAGAACAACUGCCUGGGUGCAGCAUAUCUGAAGAAGGAUGCAACCAAUUACCUCCAAGCCCAUCUCGGAAAGACUUAGAAGGAAAGAGCGAGACGAGAGUCAGCCGCACAUUCAGUUACAUUAGGAGUAAAAUGUCAAGUGGCAAGAAGAGCAAGGAAAAAGAAAAAGACAGGGAUAAGACGAAAGAAAAGGACAGGGACCCCAAAGAAAAAGAAAAGGAUAAGAAAACCGUCAAUGGCCACCAGUUCAGCGCAACACCAAUAGUAGGACCCAUUCCCUGCAACAACUGCAUGAAAACCUUCUCCAAUAAGGAUGGAUAUCUAUGUGCCAAUUGCCACUCAAUUGUACACAAAGGCUGCAGAGAAAGCUACACUGCCUGUGCAAAGGUCAAAAUGAAGCAACAAAAGACGCUUCAGCCUCAUGAUACAUCUUCAUUACCAGUGGUUAUGAUGAGACCUAAAGGCUCUCAAAUUAAGGAGCGCCCGCGGUCAGCAAUUUUGGCCCCAGAGGACAAUAAUUUCUCAGCUCUCAUCGGUACAAGAAGGUCUCAAAACCUUUCUAUCUCAAAGAGUAUAUCUACACAGAAUAUUGCUGGAGUUGGAAAGGAUGAAAGCCUUUUGGGAAGCUGGAAAUAUUUGUCGCAGUCAACAGACUCGUUGCACAAAAUUAGCAAGGUCCAUGAGUCUACAGAGUCCCUUAUUGAUGAGGGAACUGAUAUGAAUGAGGGGCAGCUCAUGGGUGAGUUUGAGAUGGAUUCCAGGCAGCUGGAGGCAGAGUCAUGGAGCCAGGCUGUGGACAGCAAAUGUGUUCGGCAGCAAAAGAAAGAUGUUGUUAAACGCCAAGAUGUCAUUUAUGAGUUAAUGCAGACAGAGAUGCACCAUGUCAGGACACUGAAGAUUAUGAGCGAUGUGUACAGUCGAGGAAUGGGAACGGAGCUGCAAAUGGAGCAACAAGUGCUGGAUAAAAUAUUCCCAUGCCUGGAAAACUUGCUCAACAUUCACAGCCAGUUCUUCCAAAGGAUUCUAGAGAGGAAGAAGGAAUCCUUGAUUGAAAAAAGCGAGAAGAACUUUGUCAUCAAAAGGAUUGGGGAUAUUCUUGUUGAUCAAUUUUCUGGUGAAAAUGGAGAGCGGAUGAAAAAGAUUUAUGGUAAAUUCUGUGGACACCACAAUGAGGCCGUGAAUUACUUCAAGGAUUUGCUUUCCAAAGAGAAGAGGUUUCAAGCAUUCAUUAAGAAAAAAAUGAGCAGCUCGGUUGUGAGGCGAUUAGGAAUUCCGGAGUGUAUUUUACUUGUCACACAAAGGAUCACAAAGUAUCCUGUACUUCUACAGAGAAUAUUAGAAAAUACCAAAGAAAAUGAAGCUGAGCAUCAGGAUGUGUUACAUUCGCUCAAUCUAGUCAAGGAUGUGAUCACAGCAGUAAAUAGUAAAGUCAGUAAUUAUGAAAAGAAGAUGCGCCUCCAUGAUAUCUACAGUAAGACAGACAGUAAGUCUAUCCAGAGGAUGAAAAGUGGCCAGAUGUUCGCUAGAGAGGAUCUGAAACGAAGGAAAUUGGUUCGUGAUGGUCCACUUUCUUUAAAGUCAACAACUCUCAGGACUAAAGAUGUGCAGGCUGUACUUUUAUCUGAUAUUUUGGUAUUUCUACAAGAAAAGGAUCAGAAAUAUGUGUUUGCAUCUUUGGACCAAAAAUCUACGGUAAUUUCCUUAAAGAAACUAAUAGUACGAGAAGUGGCGCAUGAAGAGAAAGGCUUGUUUUUGAUAAGCAUGGUGGGGAAGGACCCCGAGAUGGUGGAAGUACACGCAAGUUCUAAGGAGGAACGCAACAGCUGGAUUCAAAUUAUCCAAGACACUAUUAAUGCAUUAAACAAAGAUGAGGACGAAGGUGUUCCAAGCGAAUCUGAAGAAGAGCGACGAAUUCUGGAUAUGAAAGCUAAGGAGCUGACAGAGCAACUUCACCAGAAGGAUCAGAAAAUCAUAACGUUACUAGGAGAGAAAGAGAAGAUCUUCCAAAGUCUGACAGAGUGCAGCUUGCAUGAUGAUGGCUCUCUGUCCGUCACUAGCAGAAGUUUCUUCAAAGCAAACUCAGAGGAUGCACCAAAGGGAGAACCACUGAUUAAAAGUGCAGUCACAGAAGUGGAGACACUCCAGGGCCUUGUGAACCGGAACCUAUGGAGCAGUGUAGGGCAGCAGUCUCCUAGCCCCUCAGAGGCUGAAUGUGGAGUGGGGCCUGUUUCACUCCCCCGAAGAGCAGAGACAUUUGGAGGUUUUGACAGCCAUCAGCUUAAUGUUUCAAAAGGUGGAGAGAAAGAUGAGGGAGAAGAUACACAGGAUCUACGCAGAACGGAAUCAGACAGUGUUCUGAAAAAGGGCAUGAACACAAAUGUCAUGUUUAAAAGACACAGCGAGCAGGCGCUCGAGUCUGUUACCAAACUUCAUAACAUGCUUAGCACUUUACAAGCAGUGGUGCUACAACAGGAUACCUACAUAGAGGACCAGAAGCUUCUCCUGAGUGAGCGAGCCCUCACAAGAACCUCAUCAAGACCCAAUUCCCUGAUUGAGCAGGAGAAGCAGAGGAGUAUGGAGAAACAGCGGCAGGACCUGGCAAACCUCAAGAAGCAGCAGACACAGCACCUGGAAGAGAAACGGAAGCGGGAACGAGAAUGGGAAAUGAAGGAGAAGGAGCUGGGGGAGAGAGAAGCUCGGCUGGCACAGAGAGAAGAGCUGCUAAGCAAAGGCAUGCAGGACAUAGAGAAAGAGAAGAGUGAGCUGCAGGUCAGAAAAGAUGAAUAUCAACUCGACCUGGAGAGGCUGAGAGCAGCACAGAAACAGUUGGACAAGGAACGUGAUCAGCUAAAGAAAGACAUGGAAAAGGUGUCCAGUCAUCACGAGCGGGUAAGCCGGAUCCCCUCGCUUUCUCCCGGGGGAGAGAAAUGGUGCAAAUCCGGCUCAUCCAAACAAGAGCACUUAGUAUCAGAACUGUCUGUCUCACCCAAAAAGGACAGCUUGAUACGGACAGACAGCAAGCAGAAAGGAAAAGGUCACUUCCAUUUGCUUGGCACAAACCAUACUAACAAGUCCCCAGAGGGACCCACACCUUCCCGCCUCUUCAGUUUAUCCAAAACAAAGGAGAAGAAGGAGAAGAAGAAGAAAGGAAAAGGGAGCCGUUCUCCAAAUACAGAUUCACAUUGUGUUGAAGGAGUAACCCCGGAAGAGGAAAUCUUCUGCUGAUCAUCUUGGUCCUCUUGAAAUGUUUCCUGGCUCAGUUUGGGCGUCUCUAGGAUGCGACUGUACCCCGGUAUUGCAGCUCGGCUCACAAGGAGAGUCCUUUAUUAAUAUUAUUGGCUGUGGUAGCUGGGUGCUGGAAUCUACAGGGGUUGCCCUAUUAUUUGGCCUAGGGACACCUGCUUUGUACGGAUUACUGUAUCUGCACAUUGUGCAUUUGUGAGAGAAGCAGCUGGGCAAGGAGCACCGGGAUCUCGCACGUGAAUACACCAUGGUGGUCCCAGCACACGGUUAUUACAAGCGCUUGUAUUGUUCACUGAUAUUUCACGUAGCAUUUUCAGCUCAUUGAUUGGCAAGGAGUUUUUUUUUUAAAUCUGUAGUAUAUGCCUCCAUAAUGCUAGGGGUAACAGGGAGGUUCAGUGGGGUUAAUACAUGUGUAAAGUCUAUUUCAUUUCUAAAACUUGCCAAGUUCACCCACAGUUCCACCUCCUCAUGUAGAUCAAUGCUUGGAGGUGACACUAGUCCAGUUUCUGUCCCACCAGAGUCACAUGCUGAUUAGAAUUACAUUGUGCCUUGGAGAUCCAUUGAUUUCAUGACUGAAGUCCAGCAAUACCACUUCUACAAAUACCACUCAGUGAUGUAUAGGGAUAGCCAGCAACUAUGCAUCUGACAUGCUCUGGGCUCUGUAUAUAUAUAUGCUGCUAAAUACGCGUGGGGCUCAAGGACUUUGUGUCUUCAUUGGACCAUAAUGUAUAGGAGGAGCCAUAGAUGUGAUUCUAGAGGAAAUGUGGAAUCUCUGCAGUUUGCAAGUGCAAUUAAUGGCUGAAUGUAGUUAGUCUAAGUCCAUAGUAACAAGUAUUAGCCAGUGCAUGACAAUCACUUUGGUGUGUCGCAUCCCUUGCUCCGUACAGUCUUUAUCAUGGCUGAUGCAGUUUGUAUUGAUAGCAGUAUUAUUAGGGCUGCGCAGGCUGAGAGUGCAAAGCAACGAGUCGGCCCAUUCCCUUCACUGGAAGAAUUGAGCUUUGGUUUGUACCCACGGGUUUUACGAAUAAAGUUGCAAACAUAACAGGGAACUUUGAGUUAUUGGGACUUGCCUUUGCUUUCUGAGAUAAGGUCAGUCUAUCCCUGUAUAUAACCUCAAAGCACUUUACAAAUGGCCUUUUUAGCAAGUGCCCCAGUGUAGGGCAGGAGGACAAUCAUUGGGUCCCAGGAGCUGACAGUUGCCUUUAUGAUCCCUCUGAAAUGACAGACCAUAGCAGGGCGGGUAUCCAGGACAUGUUCCCGGCAGCGCAGAAGAACCAGGGAGUUCUUAUUGGUUGGUGCAACGAUCGAGGAGAUUUGCAAACUGGAGCUCAGAACCCGUGUUUCUAGUAUGUGCUGCUUUGUCACUCCAAGGUCCAAUACUUGUGGUUUAUAUUUAUUAGCCUCAAGGGGUCUCACCACUGUAAACUUGCUUUUCAACAUGGAGCCAGUAAUUGGGUUAAUGUGGAUAGCAGAACUCCUAAUAAGACUUAAACCCCAAUCAGAGAAACCACUGACAAUAACAAUAAAGGAUCAUGGGGCAAACUAGCUGCACAGCAGUAUCCUAUAGCAACCAGUCAACAGUUAGUACAAUCCUGUAGCAAUCAAUCGACAGUUAGUACAACCCUGUAGCAACCAAACAACAGUACAACCAUGUAGCAACUAAACAACAGUUAGUACAUUCCUGUAGCAACCAUUCGACAGUUAGUACAAUCCUGUAGUAACCAAUCGACAGUUGGUACAAUCCUAUAGCAACCAACCGACAGUUAGUACAAUCCUAUAGCAACCAACCAACAGUUAGUACAAUCCUAUAGCAACCAAUCGACAGUUAGUACAAUCCUAUAGCAACCAAUUGACCGUAUAGUACAAUCCUGUAGCAACCAAACAACAGUUAGCACAUUCCUGUAGCAACCAAUCGACAGUUAGUAUAGCAGUUGGAAUAAUGCAGUUUGUGCUGGAGUAAAGUUGAACCUGGCUACUCCAUACCCCCUGGCCUGUUGUACAUUGUUAUCCCAUUCUACUAGGACAGCACAGUACCGAGGCUGUAGCAACCAAACAACAGUUAGUACAUUCCUGUUGCAACCAUUCGACAGUUAGUACAAUCUUGUAGCAACCAAUUGACAGUUGGUACAAUCCUAUAGCAACCGAUCGCCCGUUAGUACAAUCCUAUAGCAACCAACCGACUUUUAGUACAAUCCUAUAGCAACCAACCGACAGUUAGUACAAUCCUGUAGCAACCAAUCGACAGUUAGUAUUGCAGUUGGAAUAAUGCCGUUUGUGCUGGAGUAAAGUUGCACCUGGCUACUCCAUACCCCCUGGCCUGUUGUACAUUGUUAUUAUCCGAUAGUAGUAUGGCGGCACAGUACGGAGGCUGUAGCCGGGGGGGAGGGGAUGAAAGCAAUGACCCUGCACUGAUGAAUGAAGGUUCGGGAGAAAUAUUCUGGGUAAUGCAGAGUUCACUUGACUGUGUUGUGAAGGUCCCUCUCUUAAAGCUUUAAAUGAAUUCUUUGAGCUUGACGCUACUUGUGACCACAACCAAAAAAACUUCAGAGGGAACGAGCACUUCGACUUAUUGUCCAGUCGGCCUCAAGCUCCACAGGGCAAUAUCCUGUGUUCUAAUUGGCUGGGAUCUGGUAGCCACUGAACAUGCAAUGCAAAUAGAAAGGGGCAGUAACGGGGGGGGGGGAAUCUAGUAGAGUUUAUUAUUCUUAGGGAUGAAACCAACUUCACGUAACCAUGAGUCAAUGUGUGACAAGCCUUCUUCACUCUGAUUGGGCCUCUGUCUCCUGCUGGUCAGGUGGUACAGGCCUAAUCCAAACCAGCUUCUCUUUUCUGCUUUUCUAGGGGACUUGAUGUGUUUUCUAUGUAAAUAGCUCAUUUUUGUAAUACAGCCAUGUUGAAAUGGGCCCAUUACAUUGUAUCAUUAAAAAAAAGGGGGGGAGGCAUUGGCUCUUGAACUAUCCAAUAACAGCUCAUCCUUGGCAACACAUAUCAAACUGCCAUGUUGAGAUUGGCUGGGGAACCGGCAGUUGUAUCCCUUGAAUUGUGCUCAGACAUAGGAUUUGGUAUCUUGUAAAUCACCCUAUAAAAUAAAGCAAAGCACUUUGUACUAGAGACAGUCCUGCUCUCACAUUAAGUGAAUCUGGGUUUGUUCAGACUCUUUUGUCCUUUAUUACUGACCGUAAAAUGGUUAAGUACAACAGGAGCGUUGGAAUUGUGAGUGUUUCUAUAACUACGACAUGUACAUGGGUCAAGGAAUCCUCUUCUAUCCUGUCUGUGCUAGAAAAAUUAAUGUAAGAAGUAGGGAUGCACCGAGUCCACUAUUUUGGAUUCGGCCGAAUCCUUCGCGAAAGAUUCAGCCAAAUACUGAACCGAAUCGGAAUCCUAAUUUGCAUAUGCAAACAAGGGGUGUGAAGGAGAUUUUUUUUUUAUUUCCUUGUUUUGUGACAAAAAGUCACGUGAUUUCCCUCAUCGCCCAUAAUUUGAAUAUGCAAAUUAGGAUUCUGUUCGGCCGGGCAAAAGGAUUCAGCCUAAUCCAACUAAAAAAGGCCACAUCCAGAAUCCUGGAUUCUGUGCAUCCCUAGUAAGAAGCCGCCUCUGUCGUGUAUGUGAUCAGGAGCCGGUUUUAGUAUACGGGGGGAAGGGCAUUUGCGCAGGGCCUCGAGCAUCCCAAAAAUCGACAUUAUUCCUUUGUGUAAUGACCUUGUACCUCUCGGCAGCAGCGAAUCCCCCACCUGAGAAGCAGCAGACGCCUUCCUAGAGAGUAGGUAAAGUUCAUGGAGGGGGUGUGGCUUAAUGUAAAUGGGGAGGGGUCAGGGAGAGGCUGUAGUUUCUGGCUUUGGAUCCUACAGCGUUGGGAGGUUUAAUGUGAUUAUGGGAGGGAUCUGGAGCAGAAUUCCUGUACUAAAUGUUAGUGGGAGACAUUUCCCUGGAUCCCCUGGUCUAACCUCAGCCCUGAUCUCUUACUAAGCACAAGUGCACUAGAUUAACUACAGAAUGCUCAGGAGGUUUAGAGCACAAUGUUUACCUCUGCUCUGUGUGUUUAUAUAUAAUGAUCUAUAUCAUGAGUGGUGUGUGCCCAGAGACUACAAGUCCCAGCAGCACCCUCUGCUCCAUCAGCCCCUCCUCUCUCUCCCGGCCCAAUGCUUUGUACUAAUGGAAGUUUUUCUAAAUGCUGUAAAGAAAUGGUAAAAACAAACAAAACAAACCAACCAUAAUUAUUUGAUGUUAAUGUGUAAUUAUGUACAAAGGAAACAAGUUAUAAGUGUAAGUAAUGAUUUGAUAUUCUGCAAGUUUACGUGUUAUACCUGCUUUAAUUUAUCUGUUCCCCCAGUUAUCUUGUAAAGUCCGUUUUCACAAAAUAAAUUCCAUUCUUUAUCA